GCGGCUCUCCUGGAACCCCGGCUUCAGCAGCACGGAGGGCGCUCCUGGUCCAGCCUUCCAGGUCGGGGCUUCCUUGCCGAGGCGCCCGUGCCCCCGGGCUCCCCGCCUCGGCCCCCAGCUGCCCCGAUGCCGAGGCAUGGAUAGAGCGGCGCUGCGCGCGGCGACGAUGGGGGAGAAGAAGGAGGGCGGCGGCGGGGGCGCCGGGGCCGCGGCCAGCCGGGCUCUGCAGCAGUGCGGGCAGCUCCAGAAGCUCAUCGACAUCUCCCUCGGCAGCUUGCGCGGGCUCCGCACCAAGUGCGCGGUGUCCAAUGACCUCACCCAGCAGGAGAUCCGGACCCUGGAGGCGAAGCUGGUGCGCUACAUCUGCAAGCAGCGGCAGUGCAAGCUGAGCGUGCCCCCCAGCGACAGGACCCCCGAGCUCAACAGCUACCCGCGCUUCAGCGACUGGCUGGAUACCUUCAACGUGAGGCCCGAGGUGGCGCAGGAGAUCCCUCGAGGACUCACCUUGGAUGCCCUGCUGGAGAUGAACGAGGCCAAGAUGAAGGAGACGUUGCGGCGCUGCGGGGCCAGUGCCGAGGAGUGUGGCCGUCUGCAGCAAGCCCUCACGUGCCUGCGGAAGGUGACAGGCCUGGGAGGUGAGCACAAAGAGGACUCAGGCUGGAGUUCGUUGGAUGCUCGGCGAGAAAGUAGUUCAGGCCCUUGCGCAGAUGCCCUCCCACCUGCCAGCCUGCCCUGGCCACCGGGGAGCUCGCAGCUGGGCCGAGUGGGCAGCAGUGGCCAGGGCCCUCGCUCCAUCUCCGUGUCAGCGCUGCCUGCUCUGGACUCGCCAGCCCCUGGCCUUGGAGAGGGCCUCUCGGACACCUGUAUCCCCCUGCACGCCAGCGGCCGCCUGACGCCCCGCGCCCUGCACAGCUUCAUCACCCCGCCCACCACGCCCCAGCUGCGACGGCACGCCAAGCUGAAGCCACCACGGACACCCCCGCCGCCCAGCCGCAAGGUCUUCCAGCUGCUGCCCAGCUUCCCCACGCUCACCCGGAGCAAGUCCCACGAGUCUCAGCUGGGGAACCGCAUCGACGAGGUCUCCCCAAUGAGGUUUGAUCUUCCACAUGGAUCCCCACAGAUGGUACGAAGGGACAUCGGCCUCUCGGUGACACAUAGGUUCUCCACCAAGUCCUGGCUGUCGCAGGUCUGCCACGUGUGCCAGAAGAGCAUGAUGUUUGGAGUGAAGUGCAAGCACUGCAGGUUGAAGUGUCACAACAAGUGCACGAAAGAAGCCCCGGCCUGUAGAAUAUCCUUCCUCCCACUAACAAGGCUCCGGAGGACGGAAUCCGUCCCCUCGGACAUCAACAACCCUGUGGACAGAGCAGCCGAACCCCACUUUGGAACCCUCCCCAAGGCACUGACGAAAAAGGAGCACCCUCCCGCCAUGAACCCCCUGGACUCCAGCAGCAACCCCUCCUCCGCCACGUCCUCCACGCCCUCCUCGCCAGCGCCCUUCCCGACACCAACGAACCCCUCCAGCGCCACCACGCCCCCCAACCCCUCGCCUGGCCAGCGGGACAGCAGGUUCAACUUCCCAGCUGCCUACUUCAUUCAUCAUAGACAGCAGUUUAUCUUCCCAGACAUUUCAGCCUUCCCGCCGCCAGCCCCGAUCCCCGACUCAGCCGACAGUGCCCGGCUCGACGACCCACCCAAAGCCGAUGUGUUGGAGUUUCCUGAGGUGGAGGCUGAGGAGCCAGAGGCUGGAAAGUCAGAGGCGGAAGAUGACGAGGACGAGGUGGACGACUUGCCCAGCUCCCGCCGGCCCUGGCGGGGCCCCAUCUCUCGAAAGGCCAGCCAGACCAGCGUGUACCUGCAGGAGUGGGACAUCCCCUUUGAGCAGGUGGAGCUGGGCGAGCCCAUCGGGCAGGGCCGCUGGGGCCGGGUGCACCGUGGCCGCUGGCACGGCGAGGUGGCCAUUCGCCUGCUGGAGAUGGACGGCCACAAUCAGGACCACCUGAAACUCUUCAAGAAGGAGGUGAUGAAUUACCGGCAGACGCGGCACGAGAACGUGGUGCUCUUCAUGGGGGCCUGCAUGAACCCCCCCCACCUGGCCAUCAUCACCAGCUUCUGCAAGGGGCGGACGUUGCACUCAUUUGUGAGGGACCCCAAGACGUCUCUGGACAUCAACAAGACGAGGCAGAUUGCUCAGGAGAUCAUCAAGGGCAUGGGGUAUCUUCACGCCAAGGGCAUCGUGCACAAGGAUCUCAAAUCCAAGAAUGUCUUUUACGACAAUGGCAAAGUGGUCAUCACAGACUUUGGGCUGUUUGGGAUAUCAGGAGUGGUCCGAGAAGAACGGCGUGAGAACCAGCUCAAGCUGUCCCACGACUGGCUGUGCUACCUGGCCCCUGAGAUUGUGCGCGAGAUGACUCCCGGGAAGGACGAGGACCAGCUGCCCUUCUCCAAAGCAGGAGCUCACCUAUGGCGACCCCACAGGACUGUCUGGUAUGAACUACAAGCAAGAGACUGGCCCUUUAAGCACCAGCCCGCAGAGGCCUUGAUCUGGCAGAUCGGAAGCGGGGAAGGCAUGAAGAGAAUCCUGGCCUCCGUCAGCCUGGGGAAGGAAGUCACCGAGAUCCUGUCUGCCUGCUGGGCAUUCGACCUGCAGGAGAGACCCAGCUUCAGCCUGCUGAUGGACAUGCUGGAGAAGCUGCCCAAGCUGAACCGCAGGCUCUCCCACCCUGGACACUUCUGGAAGUCCGCUGACAUUAACAGCAGCAAAGUUGUACCCCGCUUUGAAAGGUUCGGCUUGGGCGCCCUGGAGUCCAGUAAUCCAAAGAUGUAGCCGGCCGUGCGGUUUUUCGACCACCCAUUUCUUUCUUUUGCAAAUGUGUUUCUAAAACACACCAACAACCACCACGACAGAAAUAAAUAAAUAAAUAAAAAUCAAAACACUCCACCUGCCCAGCACUGCACACGAGGAACACGAGUCCUCCAUUCAGACUGUUCGUCACCAAGACGCAUGGGUCCUGGAGAUGGAGCCACACACCUGCCAUUUGAGAUGACGCCACCCACAACCAGAUCUGUCUGACUGACAGCGAAUGUUUACACGUACGUCUCUGCGGAGCGGACUUGAUGUUUUACAAUAGGUAAUAAUAAACAGUCCAUGUGUAGGGGUGCUGG